AUGCCAUCGCCAAGUAAACGGGAAAAUAGGUUAGCAAACGGUUUGAGCCCUAAGUUGCCGGUGCUGCCGCCGCUAACGACCGGUCGGAAUUCAACUCCAGAAAAAACAGUGGGAACUCCAGUUUCGAUUGGCUGGUCGCAAAUCAAUGCGGGCUCUUCAUUGUCCAAUGUAACGCCUUCGGGUCCAUCACUAUCCAGUCUGGGCUCUCCGAGCUCACAGUCGCCUUCCAGUGGUCGGAGCGGGAAAAGGCGCCCUCCACCGCCAACCUUCUUUGAGUCAGGCCAUCCUUCGGCUUCAACUUACCCCGGAAGCGAUGUCACUAGUCCGAGGACUCCGGCACUGUACAAGUCUCCCUUUGUAGGUGAGGAUACAAUCGUUAUUUCCAGACCUCCCAAUGAUCGAACACCAUCAAAGAAAUCCUAUAAAUCACCAUUUAUCGGUGACAGCAGCGUCUUAAUUCCCACAAUGCCUGGUUCAGACAAAUCUCGAUGGAUUGCAGCGGGAAACAAUAACCACAAUACUGAAAACAGCAUUGACAUGACUAAAAGCCUCAAAGCGCUGCCGCCUUUGCCCUCGAAAAAAGUCGGCAGCAAGCAACAAAUUACAGGUGAUCCUAAUGGAGCGGGUACUCCAUGGCCGCAACAUGGAAGCAUAGGUGACCAAUCUGAUAGAUUAGACCAGCCAUUCCGUCCAUUCGCAGGCGCACCGACGGAGUCCACCAGCACCAGGGCCGUCUCCGACAGCAUUAGCAGUUACUAUUCAAACUCCAAGUAUGCUUUCAAUGAUGAAAUCACGCAAGAAAGGAGCUUCGACUCUGUGGCCGGUAACAGGCCGCUUCAACAAAUUCCUAGUAUCACCGUACCGAUGCAACCGUUUACGAUCGACUAUUUGGAUGAAAACAAACUAUUUCAAUGCUAUAACGUUUCGUUGUUAUCGGACAUAUAUGAGUGGCUUUUGAAGGUUUAUUUUGAGUGGUUCAACGAAUAUGUGUUCCGCAAAAUUGAAUUCUACCAAAUGGUUCAACUAUUACUUGAGUUUCAAUUACCGGCCUCUUGUAAUCAAGAUAUUGUGGAUUCCAAUGUGGACAAAAUAAUAGAAUCUUUGAUUUUACAGGGUGCCGUGCGUUUUGAGACCGAUACUGAAGAGUCCUUCAACGAUGAAAUCACCUUCAUUGUGGCCGGCCUACCGAUUCAAGGUGUGUUUACGAGCUUACUGCCAUGUUAUUCACAUGAUUUCAAGCAAUCUUCGGAUAAACAGCACGACCAUUGCUAUAGUUCAAGGUGUCCCUCGAAAUAUUUGAAACAGUCUCGGCCGGCUCUUAAAUUGUCGGAAAUUAUUAACAAGUCAGUUGGUCUAUGGAGCGAUUACUGGAAGUUGUCUUCAGAGGAGCUUGCAGAGCUAAAUCCCCGUGAGGUGAGCCGCCAAAGCUUCAUUUUUGAUUUAAUCAUUUUGGAGCAGAGAUCACUGAAUCUGGCUCACGCAGCAGUCGAAAUAUACGGUAAAAGGUUCAAUAAGUCAUUGUUACAACAAGAACCUAAUUUUAGUAAACUGGCGUUUGAUUGUUUUGAACCUAUGAUAGAACUCCACAAGGAGUACUUGCUGUCGCCAAUUUUUUGGAAACUUAAAUCGCAAGGAAAAUUCAUUGACGGGGUAGGAAAGAUAUAUCUGCAGUGGUGCAAUGCUGCAUGGGACUUGUACGUGAAAUAUGCUGAGUCCAUGGCCAUAGUUCACGAUGUCAUCAAAUGGGAAAAGAGCCAUGACACAGCGUUCUCUCUGUGGCUUAAAAAGGUUGAUGAAUCUUCAGAGAUUUCAAGAUCUAAGUUGUACCAUGAUGUAGUCUUUUUUGGAGGCUUUUUCAAAUCGCUGCAGAAUAUCCCAAUCACUCUUAACUCCAUUCUUAAAUGCACGGACAAAUCAAUGGAGGAUUACGAAUAUUUGGUUUUAGCUAUCAAAGAGAUUGUACGGUUGAACGCUACUGUUGAUAAAAUUCACGGCAUUGCAGUCGACCAAAGAAAACUUGUUAGGCUUUCAAAACAGCUCGCUGUGGGCACGGGAAGGAACAGUAGCACAAUCGGUUACAUCAAUAUCAAUAAUGAUGUAUCAAUUCCAUCAACAGGCCAGGAAAAACUGAAUUUACGUCUCAGCGACAAAUCCAGAAAGGUCAUCAAAACUGGCACCCUUCACAAGAAAAGAGAAUUGUGGCUGGAGAACUCUCCGGUGUAUCUUAUUCUUCUGGACAACUACCUCCUCAUCACUGAGAUUAUAACAAAAGCCUCCGAUACAAAAUAUCGGCUAUGUGAAAGACCUAUUCCAAUCGACUACCUCAGCUUAGAAGCUAAGGAAGACGCGUCUUUGACCAAGUACAACUCUAAUAAACCCGGUUCGUCAGGGCGUCCUACAUCUGCACAAACCAGCGUUCCGGAAGAAGAGUCUACGCUGAAGAAUCUGAGGCCUUCUUUCAUUAGCUCCAAAAGCUCCUCUCCACAUAGACCGAUGUCGGCCUAUCUUUCGAGUCCUGUAGGCCAAGGAAGAAAUGAUUUUUUCGACCAUCAGGAAGCGCCUGCGUCGUUCAAGAUUCGAAACACUGCCACGAAUGAAUCUUUUACUUUUUACGCUUCCAAUAUUGAGGACAAAGAUGCGUGGGUCAGUGCCUUGGUUUCAUCGUUCAGUUCACACCACGCUACUAACAGCUCGAGGAUUUAUGACCUUGCGUGUGUCACUGACAUGUUUAGUUAUGAGGAUGGACAAGCGCCGACCAAUUUGCCUAUUGUGCAUGAAGGAAGUGCAAUUGCUGAAGCUUUACAAAACUUCUAUGGAGAAGAACAUAAAGUUAAAGCUAUUAUUCAGGCCGAUGUAAAGUGCACCGCACAGAUGCACUUUGAGGGUGAGAGCUUUCUUCUGUGUGCUGCCAAUUAUGGUAUAUAUAUGACGAUUAUCGGCACUGGCGAAGGAUGGAAAAAAGUCAUGGUCCUUCCAAAGAUUACUCGUAUGGAAGUGAACGCGCGCUUGGAUUUGCUAUUUGUUUUGGCAGACCGCAGGCUGUGCUAUUUUAACAUUCCCAGUAUUAUCUGUGCAUACUACGGUGCCCUCGACUACUUACCCGAGAAUCAGAUAACGGGUGUCUUGCUGCAGGAAAAAGUGGGAUUUUUCAAAUCUGCGGACGACUUCGGUAACUUGCGGCAAAUAUUCUAUGAAAGGAAGGGCAAAAUAGUUGUACUGACGCCAGAGUUCGACAGGCUAACAAAGAAACUCAAAUUUUUCAAGGUCUACAAAGAGUACAGACUGCCGGGCGUGACAAAUGGACUACUGUCUGCAGAAAUUCGAGACAUUGUAAUUUUUGCCAAAAGCUUUAUUGUUUGCUCUUCUCGAGGUGCACUUCUGUUCAACGAAUCUUUCAACGACGAAGGAUUGACUUUGCCAAGCUUCAACAACGACAAGAGGGCACUGGGGCAAAAGCAUCAUUUUCCGCAUCAUCCAUUCAAGUCCAAUAGAGAAGCUCUCUCGAAGACUGAUUCUUCCAAACAAAAGAUGGCGGAGUACGUCAAGACAGAUAUUGUCAAUCGAAAGACCUCAUCUCUGGGUUGUUUUCGGCUCAACGAGGACAAUUUUGUGAUCAUCUACGAUGAGGCUGUUGUGCGGAUCAACAAGAACGGCCAAAUACCUGAUUGGACGUCCGACGUUUUGGUCCUGGACUUUUAUUGCAUGGCUGCCACUUUUUCAAAUGGGUUUUUGACAUUAUUUGGUGAAAACCUUAUACAGAUUUACGAUUUGAAUUACGCAGGAACGGUCCUCCAAGAGAAGCUCAGUGGCCUCACGCCUGUUCAGAUCAUAAAGGGUAAGAAGAUUAAGCUUCUCAAUUCCGAUCUGACAGCAAGUCCAAUAAUAACUUUGAGUCAUCCGUCAAUACCUGGAAGGCAGUUGGUACUCAAGUUCCAGAGAAACGUUUAG